CAUACUUUGACAUUGCAAAAUCAUCCUAUUAAAAACCCCACGCCCUGCUUCCUUUUUCAGAAUUCAUGCUUCUUUUAGCAAAAUUUGAGAAAAAUGGCGAUUGGUGUUCCAUUGUGUGUGCAAUGUGGCAAUGCUAGCAACCCCUGUAGGUGCAAGGUGGUUGGGCCAACACUUGGUUUCUUGGCUUUCGCUGCAGCGGCAAUUGUGGAAUGGCCGGUUGGUGCACUCGUUUAUUUAUUCCGCCACACAAAGGGCCGCCGUAUCAUGGGUCAUCCUGCCACCGUUAUUUAUCCUUCAGUCACAAACUCCAUUCCUAUUUAGCUUUUGUCUUUUCUUUUUUUUUCCACCUGUAAUAAUGAUGUGAGAAAUGUUGCUUGCAUUUUACUUUGUUUUUUCCCCCAGCAUAAUCGAUAUUUUCACGUUGUACUUUUGUCAGUUUUAAUUAGUACCUAGUAAAUAAAAGAUAAUGUAUGCUUUGUUUUGAAUCACAUACGGUAAUGGUUGUCUGUC